UCCCAUUUCAAGAGCUCCAAAGUGAACCGGUAGUUAAGAAAAAGGACAACACCCGGAAACAUUAAAUCGCUCCCUACCUGUCUCCAGCCUUCAACCGGGACUGGGCUGCGGGGUUGACCAACUUCAAGAGUUACAGGUGAAAGGAUGGAGACCCAGAGGCAGGUUGUGGACAGGUUGGGGUCAGCGUUUCGUUCAGGCAUCACAAUACCAGAGCAGUUUCGUCAAACUCAGCUGACCAAGCUUAUGUCCAUGAUCAAAGAUAAUGAGGAACGGAUUUUAGAUGCACUGCACAAGGACCUCGCUAAGCCAAAAUUUGAGGCCGUCAUGUCCGAGGUUGAUAUAGUGAUCAAUGACCUACACCACACUAUUGCUAACUUCACAACCUGGAUGCAGCCGGAGUAUGUCAGCAAGAACCUGGCCACAAAGCUAGAUGACUGUAGCAUACGGCGGGAACCAUUGGGAGUCGUGUUAAUCAUUGGGGCAUGGAACUACCCCCUACAACUCACUAUCUUACCAAUGAUCGGAGCCAUUGCUGCAGGAAACUGUGUGGUCAUCAAGCCUUCAGACGUCAGCGCCGUCACAGGCGCUCUGAUUGCAGAGCUCAUCCCCAAAUACCUGUCUCAGGAAUGUUACGCAGUUGUUUGUGGCGACGCAGAGGAGACCAAGGCCCUUCUGCAGAAUCGCUUUGACCACAUCUUCUACACAGGUUCUCAGCCUGUGGCACGCACCAUCCUGCAGGCGGCCGCGGUCCACCUGACCCCAGUGACCUUGGAGCUGGGUGGCAAGUGUCCGUGCAUCAUAUACGGACGGGUGAACAUUGAGGCUGCCGCUCGCCGCUUGGUGUGGGCCAAGUUUUUUAACCUCGGACAGAGCUGCGUGGCUCCGGACUAUGUGCUGUGCUCACCGGCCACCCGGGACGCCUUGCUGCCUGCCAUCCGGGAGGUCCUGGAGGCUUUCUAUGGCAAGGAGCCUCAGAACUGUCCUGACCUGUCCCGCAUCGUGACACCCCGACACUGGACUCGACUGAUGGAACUCCUCAAGAGGUCCAGUGGCAAGGUUGUUGUGGGAGGAGAGAGCAACCUGGACGACAAGUACAUAGCUCCCACAGUGGUGGUGGAUGUAGCUGAAGAUGAUGCUCUAAUGGAGGAGGAGAUUUUCGGCCCCAUCCUGCCCAUCCUCACUGUAGAGUCUCUGGAGAAAGGCAUCGAUUUAAUCAACCGCAGAGAAAGGCCACUGGCCCUCUAUGUUUUCUCUGAUGAAUCCUCUGUGGUAACAACAGUGCUGGAAAACACCAGGAGUGGAGGAUUCUGCUCUAAUGACGGGAUCGUCCACAUGACCCUGCCAACCCUGCCCUUUGGAGGUGUAGGAGCCAGUGGUUGGGGCAGUUACCAUGGCCGCUGGACCUUUGAGACGUUCAGCCACCAGCGGGCCUGCAUGCUGCGUGGCUGGGCUUUAGAGAGACUCAACCGCCUGCGCUACCCACCUUACAGUGACAAUAAACUGAGCUGGCUGCGCUGGACCACCUCGUCCAAAGGCAGCUGCUCACUCAUGUGAUGACAGGCAGGGGGAGCUCGUGUGUAAAGAUAGUGGAGCUUUUUAUACUGUGCAGUGAAGGUUGUGUUUGUGUGCUUGUGUUUAUUAACACACUGUGUUUGUCCUUCUUUUCAUCGUGCACGGUGAUCUCCCAAAGCAGACCUUAUGUAAUAAGCUUGCAGGCAAUUUUAAUUAUAAUUUUGUAUCUACAGGAUCCUUCUUCACUCUGAGUUUUUUAGUAGGAACAGAACUUACAGAGCACCCAACACAAAUUAAAACAAAAGUUUGUUAUUUUUUGAAUGAAAUAAUGUAAUCUGUCUCAUUUCUCAAAUGCCAGGGAUUUCACUGCUCUGCUUAUUUUUAUCAUCUUGCACUGAAAUCUUUACGUGUUCAGAAUGGUGUUAUUGUUUUUAAUAACCUAAUUUGAGUGUCAGUGUAUUGUUAACACUUUCUUAUUCACUAAUAGUUUAUUUUCCCUUGGUGUCUCAGAGACAGACGUGUUCUUGUCUGUAUUUCCAUAGUAUUUUUCAUGAAAUACUGUAAAUAAAUUUCACAUUUUACUUUUAUUGCCAAAUAUAAAAGUAUUUGAAAGUU